AUAAUUAAAUUUUAAUAAGAGUUAAUGACAAAGGCAGAAAAAGCAGCAAUUAUAUUUGGAUUAGGAUCAACAGCUCUUUUAGCAAUAUAUUCAAUAGUGAAACCAAGAAUGAGUUAAGGAAAUAAUACAGAAAGUUUAAUUUAAAGAAGAAAUGCAAUUCUUAAUAAAGAUAAUAUGAGAGUACUAUAUAGUACAAUGACUUUCUUUUAUUUACAGGGAUAUAAGAAGACAGGAGAAGAUUUAGCAUUAUUAAAAGAAGUCUUAGAUGUUGCAAAACCUAAAUUAGUUGCAUUAUAAAUAUCAGAAAAAUAAUUAGAAGAUGAAUAUAGACCUAUACUUAGGAAUCCUCAUCUUUAAGAAAUUAUGAAAAAAGUAGAUUAUCAUUUAAAAACUAAUCCUGAAGAAGUUACUAAAAUGAAAGAACUUGAUUUUUAUGCAGGAUUAGAAAAUAUUUAUGCUAUGCAUUAUUGUUAAUAGAAUAGCUGUAAAGUAUAGAUCAAUUAAUAAUUUUAGAUUAUUUCUGCUGAUGAACAUCCCUCUUAUUAUGAUUAAUUGUAUUCUUAGAAAAUAGGAUUAAAAGAAGUAACCAAAAGUGGAAAAUUAGAAAUACCUGAAAAUUUAAAAUAAUUAUAUCAAUCAUAUGAUAUGAGUGAUCUUGAAAAAACAGAGCAAGAUAUUAAAGAUGAUGUCUAUAUUAAAAAAAGAGCUGAUAUUUUUGUUGAUAAAAUUGUACAUGAAUUGACUCCUACCUUUAAUAUCAUCCCUGAUGUUCCAUAUAAAGUUUUAGUUGGUAUAGUAGAUCCUAAAUUAUAAAAUAUUAUUGCCAAAGAAUGGAAAUAAAGAUUUCUUAGUAUCUAUGGACAUCAAAUUUUAGAAGAUGAAUAACAUAGUCAGUAAUAAUCAUAGAUUUAAUGA